UACAUCUUGCUUUACGUGUUUUUUCUCCCUAUAAUCCCCAUUUUCCGGACGAAAAAUGCCCGCAGUGGGCAUAAAACUGAAUGACCUGUUCCAGUACUACCGGAAAUGGGUGAGUGACAAUCCCACGGUGGUAGGUGAUGUGGAGACAACAAUCAAAUGGGCUUCCUACUUCCUCGCCGGACGCUUCAGUAACUCCAGUGUCGUUUCUGAGCUCAUUUACACCCUUUCCAAUCUCCUGGUCCUGUUCAAUGACCGCAUCAUUGAGAGGAGUCAGAGGAGGGAAGUGGAUGUUGCAAAACAAGAUGAGCACCUGAAGAUCCUUCUGACCACGCUUGAGUAUUGUGAGGUGUUCAUUGAGUUGUCGGCCAAGAGUCUUUGGGGAGAGUCCGGGAAAUGGCUGUUUUGCACAAUAAUUCAGAUUGUCAAAUGCAUCGGGAGGAUGAUAUUGCUUAAGAAAUUCAAACAGAAGAUCAUUGUGAAUCCUCUGAUUCCACUUCUCAGUCGCACUGGGAAGAAUGAGACACAGAGGCAGCCGGAAGUUGAUGCUUUCACGGGAAGACAGGGUGUUUUCACCUUCACACUCAAGAGAUCCGGACGUGUUGUCCGGAAAAUUGAAGGAGCCCAGCCAUUUUAUCUGAGGGACGGAAAACCUCUUUUGGAACAAUCCCAGUCGCCUUCUCAGGAUGGUGCAUUCCUCACCACACCGGAAAUGCUCUAUGUCUUCAAGCCACUGAUCCACCUGGCAUCCAUGGCGGCAUUUGGCUCCCGCAGCUGGAGAUCGUGGACAAUAGCAUUGAUGCUGGACGCUACGAGUCUACAGAUGUACUACGCCAACCGGGACAAAUUAUCCCGGGAGCAGAAGUUGGAGCUGUCGAGGCGAUGUGUCGCUCUCUUCAUGUACUUGAUGCGAUCCCCCUUCUAUGACAACUACACAGGACGGAAGAUUGAUGGAGUUCUGGGAGCAGUCUCGAAGAAUAUUCCCUUUGCGAAGAAUAUCUGUGAACCUCUAGCACAGUACAUUCCGCGGUGGCAGGAGACAUACUUCUACAUGUGGUCCACGUAGUUUUCUGGCUGAAGAGAAAGGGUUCUGGUGAGUGAUAAGCGGACUGGGUUGCAGGGAUAUUUUCAUACGAAAUGACACGAAUAAAAGGAACAAAAUGGUUGAGGUUUGAAA